CUUUACCAUUUUUUUCCACGUGACACUGAAAUGUGCUUUACUUACUAGGCCGUUGUCUCCCUCACAGCAUGUGCGUCUCAGGAGGGUGGGGGCUCCUCCCUUGCUCAGGGCAGCACCCCCAUCCCACAAAGUGCCCAGGGACUGUCCCUCACUCAGGACAGUGUCCUUGUUCCACGAAAGAGCCUGGCCUGCAGGGGGCACUCCCUGUUUCCUGAAUGAAUGAGGGCACGAAUGGCAGGACGGGCAGGUGGACUCAUGUUUCCAUAACUUUGCCUUUCAGCCGUGACAACCACGAGUGGAAGAAGCUGAUUAUGGUCCACCACUGGCCGGCGACCGUGUGCAAGGAAGUUGAAAAUGACUGUAGAGAGCCCCCGGAUUACUGGACAAUCCACGGAUUAUGGGCUGACAAAGCAGAACAGUGUAAUCGAUCGUGGCCCUUUCAUCCAGAGGAGAUUAAGGAUCUAUUGCAAGAAAUGAAGAUGUACUGGCCCGACGUGAUCCACCCCUCUCCUAAUCGCACCUCUUUCUGGAAGCACGAGUGGGAAAAACACGGGACCUGCGUAGCCCAGCUGGACGCCCUCAACUCCCAGAGGAAGUACUUCGGCGAGGGGCUGGACCUGUACAGGGGGCUGGCCCUCAACAGCGUACUCCAGAAACUGGGGAUAGUGCCGUCGGGUGGCAAUUACUACCAGGUUUCAGACAUCAGAGAUGCCCUCGCCAGCGUGUACGGAGUCAUCCCCAAGGUCCAGUGUCUUCCCCCAGAGCAGGUCGGGUGCUGUUUGCUGACCUUCUUGUCUGUAUUGAGGAGACAGGUUCCACGUUGCCGGCAGCUUUGUGCUCACGUGGACUUCCCAGUGUGUUGCUUGCAUGUGAGAGCCACGUGUGCACGUGUGGGUACACAUGUGGGUACACGUGGUGCAGGCACGUGCUGUGCAUGCGCUGGUGUGCAUAUGGCACGUGCCACGGGUGUGCUGUGUGUAGAAAUAACCUUGCCUUUUGGCUCGAUGCCAGGACAGAGUUUUUCUCACGACUUAUCCCUACCCAGAAUGCACCUGUCCUGGAAGGGCCGGCGGGCAGGACAUCGCUGUAGUUGAACGUUUCUGGGUUAGAAAUGUUUAUAGCAUGAGCCUCAGUGACUCAUGGCUGUUGCCUGUCCAUCUUAUGGACGAGUUGUGAUCUGUCAGUUGAGGGCAACUUGAUUUUUUUCAGACCAGGAGGCUGGUUUCUCUAUGAAGCCGUCUGCUCCCAGUGUCGUGGGCACAUGCACGUGAGCCGCUGUGUCCACACUGCCUCUGGCCUUGUGU